AUGGCAGACCCGGACGGUGGGUGCCUAGUGGCCCGUGCCGUACCAUGCGCCCUCCCCAGGGCCGCCAACGAUGACGACCUGACCGCUCAGCUCGAGCAGCUUUCUGUCAAUGAUGCCAAAGACCAGGAGAAGAAGAAGCAGCAACGCAAGGAGAUCAACAACAUUUCCCCGGCCGACUACGUCACGCUCCAGAGCAUCCGCUCCUCGGCUCUCGCCAAGAAGACCAACACCACCUCGAAAUUCGGGCGUGGCGGCGCUGCACUCUUUGCCGACCUGCUGAACAAGGGCGAGGACAAGGAGGAGAAGAAGGAGGCCAAGAAGGACGUCAAGAAGGAGGAGGAAAAGAACGAGGAGCCGGUUGGGGACAAGAAGAAGGAGGAUGACGAUGAGAAGAAGACUGAUGAUAAGGAGGAGGAUGAGGAGAAGAAGGAAAAGACCGAGGAGGGCGAGGAGGGCGAACUUCUUGCUCGCGGACCUGUGCGCAGCGGUCACGCUGCCUAUGGACACCACCCGUACAUGUACCGUAUCCCGUACGGAACGGCUGCCCAGACUGUGGAGGGGCAACGAGCCGCCAAGGAGAAGCUGCGCGCGCUGAUCUCGGAUUCGGAUAUGGACUCCGCCUGGGCUUGGACCUGCAAGUGUAUGCAGUACGCCCCGGGGGCCCUGUCGCACCAGGACAACGACCGCGACACCCUCCUCCACAUCGUCACCAUCCACACCGAUCUGGCCAAGAUCUACGCCCUCGUCGAGCAGCAGCUCAAGACCAACUACUCGCGCGACGCCAAGCCGUUCGACCUCCCGAACCGCUUCCACGAGACCCCGCUUUUCCUGGCGGUCGAGAAGCGACGGGCCGAGGUCGUCGCCUACCUCCUUGAGGCCGGCGCCCACCCCAACUCCCAGACGCUGCGCCCAGAACGCGAAUGCGCCAUCCACUACGCCGCCUCCCGAGGCAUGAGCGACAUCGUCAAGAUCCUCUGCUCCAACCCGGAGACCGACGUUAACAAGCUGAACGGCAUGGGCAGCUCGGCCCUGCUGUGCGCCAUCCGGAACCACGGGGCCAUGGACGAGGAGCAGCGCCAGAUCAUCGACAACAAGGACACCAUCCGGGAGUUGAUGAGGGCCGGAGCCGACCCGAUGCUGGUUGAUGCCACGAAUGGAAAGACCGUCAUCCACUACGCCGUUGAGAGGAUGAACGCCGAGCUGAUCGAGCUGUUCAAGGAGUUUCUGAACGAGCCGCAGAUGACCGAGCUGGUCAACCAGGGUGACUUGUGCAGCGAGACGCCGAUGAUGUUGCUGCAGCAGCAGAGGGCUGAGAAUCCUCAGGCCCAGCAACUGCGCUCGAACCUCUUCCUCACGCUCACCAUCUGCGGCGCCGAGAUCAAGAGGGAA